AUGAAUACAAUGGGCGCUUUUCCUUAGUUUAGUUUCACAAAAGAAUAAGCAAUUUCUUUGUACCCGACAGAAGGAGAGUUUUUUGAAUACUAUAUUGAUACUACGGUAUUGGAUUAAUAAUUAAUAUGCAAAAUUGAUCCUUAUGUCCCAAAUGUAUAAAUAAUGAACUUAUGCGAAGAAAUAUACUAAAUAUAAGGGAAUUGUAAAAUACUAAGAAUAUUAUUGUAGAAUUUAUCUCAAUGUCGUCAAAUAAUACUCAUUUUGGUACUUUAUCAUUUUAAAAUGAAGUAUAUAUUUAUCAAUGGAAGGAUUAAUUAUUUGAAUAAGUUGGGGAAUCGGUGAAAAUAGAUGCUUCAUUUAGUUGCUUUAACAUCAAUUUAUCUUAUGAUUUUAAAAUUUUGAUUGAUUGUUAUUAGAAUAAUCAAUUGCUUUUUAUUCAAAUAAUGGAAGCGUAAUCAAUCAUUGCUUAUUCAAUAUAAUCAUCUUCACCUUCUUCAACUAAAAUAUAAUCAAUUAUUAAUGGAACAAAUGCCUUUAUAGUAUACGCCUAAUAUUUUGAAAAUUAUUCGAUACUUUCACUCUUUUCAUCAUAAUUUGUAAAUGAAAGUAGCUUAACUAAUUAAUUCGUCGAUUUUGAUAUUCCCCUCACAAUAAGUCCCAAUAUUUAUAUAAUUACUAACCAAGUUUUAUUCUAAUUAACCAUAUCUUCAGAUUCUCAAUUAUGUUUAAAAAAUUAAUUUAGCUACAAUGAUAUGAAUAACUUUACUUGUAUUAAUGUUUAUUACGAUUUAUAGAUUUUUUCUUAAUGCGAUCAAAUAUUAUUAAUGUAAACUUUACCUUAUUAAGAAAUUUGCAUUAUUUCACUAUUAGGAUGCGAAAACUAAGUACUGAUGAUAGAUAAGGAUUGCUAAUUUGUCUUUGAGCCUAUUUCAAAGAUACUAUAAAAUAACUAAUUUAUUAUAUAUAAAUUAAAUGAUACUAUAUCAAUUCAAGAAAAAUAGUCGAAUGGAGUAGUUUCAUACGAACUAAAUCACUAAAUUAAUUCCCUAAUAUAUUUGAAUUCUGCUAAUGAAUUAUUUGUGUUUAAUUCACAGAUAACUGUUUAUAAAAUUUAAUUUCCUUCCUUAUAAGUCAAUUUAACUAACUUGGAAAAUGUAGGAAAUAAUUAUACUUUUUUACUUAAAUGUCAGAAUAAGGGAUAAUUUACCUUCUCCAAGGUGUAUCUUUAAGAAUUAUCUUAGAAUGAUACAAAUGUAUAUGUAAUGUUUAAUUAAUAUCUUCCUUAAAAUUAAACUUCGUUGAACCUUAAAGUUACGAGUUUUUUUGUUAGCUUUUCAGGGUAAUUAUUAUAAUAUCAACAAAAUCCAAUAGGAAUACCUUUAAAUUUUACAUUAAUAGCCUAACAAUAAGCUGGAUAAAUUAAUCAAAGUUAUUCAUUAGUUUAAUCAUUGUCAAUGUCAUUAUAUUACUCUCAAUAAAUUUUAAUAGGUUAUAAUAAUUAUUCAAUUGAUAUUCUGUUAAACUAAGUGACAAGUCCAGAAUCAGGGUACUAAUUUACAAUAAUAUCUUCAAUUAAUACAUCAGCAAACGCAAGUUCCUUAUAAGUUGGCUAUAGCAUAUUUCCUUUAGUAAUACUAAUUGGACUAAGAGCUAAUAAUACAAUCUAUUUAUAUUAAUACUAGCAUGAUACCAAUAGAUUAAUUAGCUAUUCAAAUAAUACUUUUCAAUAAUAAUUUUCAGAUUUUUUAGUUACUUAUAAUAAUAUUAUAAUUCUAUUUCCAAACGAAGAAAUUUAAAUAAUGACUCUUCAAUUUACGAAUAUCAUCACUUUAAAUUAAUAAUCAAUAAGUAAAUUUUUCAGAAACAUUCAAUUUAAUCCAAUAUAAAUUGUUAUGAAUACACAAUUAUAGUCAUCCUUAUUAUAUAUCAACAAUAGACAAGAGGUUAUCAGAAUUUCUAUUAAUUAAAAUAACUUACCAAUACCAAUUUCCUUGAUUCAAGUUAAUUUCACAAUCAAAUAGAUAAAUUUAAUAAAUCAUUAGUUAAUUUUAUCGUAUCUAUGUAAUAAUGGUCAAAAUCUUUGCUUUUCAGUUUGGAAUGUGUAAUAUUUACAAAAAUCCUAUCAUGUAAAGAACCUUUAUAGCUUGAAUAUUGAAAAUGUAAUAAAAAUAUCAUCUGAUAGCAUAUUCCUAUAUGUUACUUUUAGUAAUUACACUGUUUAUGCUUAUAAUCCUUCGUUACCAUAUCAUUAGAGUUUGUAUUAUAUGCUUAAUUUUUCUUCACCAAUUUUAUGUAGCUAGGCAAUUACAAGUUAUUAUAUUUAUUAGCCUCAAUACUAAUAUUUAUUUUCAAUGGUGCUGCUUUCAAAUAAUUCGAUUUAUGAACUUUAUGAAUUUUAAAAAUAUGAGACAUCGGUGGAAUCAUAAGAUCAAGUGUUUAACUAUUCAAUAAGUUACCCAUAAUAUAUUUAUAACUAUACUGUAACUUCAGCAUUAAAUGACAAAGCCUUAUAGUAGACUCCUAAUUAAAGUAUUAUUAUAUAUUCAAACUUCACAGUUUUUUUAAAUUAAAGCAAUUUAUCAAUAAAUUUAAGUUUUGAUAAUAUAAUUCCUGGAUCCAAAAAUUUCUCAUAUCCAAUGAAUUUAAUUCUUGAUAGGCAGGUUGGAUAUUGCGGAUCAACAAAUCUUACUUCAGCAUAUGACUUUAACAAAUAUUGCAGUAUAACUUAACAAUUUUUUCAUUAGUCUAGCAGCAUUCCCAAUUUAAGCAAUUUCUCCUUAGUUACUUCAAUAAAAAACUAAUGUUUUGCUUUACAGAAUAACUCACACUUAUAAAUUGUAAAUAGUGGCUUAAAUUACAUCUCAAAUUUUAAUUAUUCAAAUCUAAAAUAAAAGGAAUGUUUAAAAUCAGCAUCAGAUGAUUAUACAUUAUAUUCAAUUUGUGAGAAUAGUACUUCAUAAUACUUGCUUAAUUUUACUUUAAAUUGUGAGGGCGAUAUCGUAUUAGUUGAUACUAUCUAACUUUCAGUAAGGUUUUAAAAUAUUUAAAAAAUGAGCACUCUUUUAAACUAAAUUUUUAUUUUAGGUACCUUAGAAAAUUCUUUAUAAUAAUUGUAUUGGUUCUACUAAUCUUACAACAUUAUAUUGGAGAUAGAUAACACGAAUGAAUUUGCAGAAGAUCUCUUUGUAUGUAAUGAUUUCUCAAUUGUCUAAAUACAGUAACAGAUUUAAAAUCAUAUACCUUAAAAAAUAAUAUUCUUCUAUGCUUAAGCUUAUUAAAUAUUUGGUAGAAUUAUGUUAAUUGAUGAUUCAGAAAUCAAAAUACGAGAACCAAUUUCUGUUAUAAUUUAUUAUUGUGAUUAAUAGUAAGUUUGUUAUGAGCCAUUAAUAUCAUAUUCUUUGGUUUAAAUUAUAUAAAAAUAUACUCAAAGUCUAACAAUGCUUGUGGGGAAUAUUUAUUUUAGUUCCAUAGUAGAAAUAAGAUUAAAAUAGUUUUAAAAAUCAGGCUAUUAACCUUACUCAGGUAUUGCAAUUAGAACUAUUCCUAAUUAUGGCAAUUCAAGCAAUAAUGGCAAUUCAUUUUAUUAAAAUGGGGUGUUGAUGCAACAAUUUCAAUAUAAUAAAACAAACAUAAUUGGAGUUUAUUAUUUGAAUCAUCUCUUAGAUGGAAAUUUAUUGGAACCCAUUUUAAUGUAAGGUUCAUUCAAUACUCCAAUAACGGAUUAUGCUAUGAUUGUCAAUUAAUAAUAUCAAUAUGGAACAUCCUUAUACUUUUAUAAUAAAUCUAUAUAUAAUUACUCAAUAGGUACCUGGAUUCUAAAUUGUCUUGCUAAUACACGAUAAAAUUAUAUUGAUAUUUCCAUAUUUUGCUUAAACGAAUUUUAAAAUGGUACUUACAACAUUAAAUUUUAUCUGCCUCCAUAAUUUCAUUUUAACUUUGGUCCAUCAGUUUAUGUACUAUUUUCAUUGAUUUUUUUACUGCUAUUAUAUUUUUACCUGAAAAUUAUACGCAAGACUAAGAAUUCUGGGUAUAUAUUUUCGGAAAUUGAAUUAUGA